UAUUAUAAAAACCUUGGUACAGUCACUCCGAGUCAGUCAGUCGAGUGCUUUGGUGAGAAUAAACCGUUAGUGAAAUGGCGCCCAAAUUAUACUUCGCCGACGUUAGUCCUGCCGUCAGGGCUUCCCUUCUAACAAUCAAAGCCCUUGGGAUCGAAGUGGAACUAGUGCCGGUUAACCUGAUGGCCGGGGAACACAUGAAACCGGAAUACCUGAAGCUCAACCCCCUGCACACGGUGCCCACGCUCCAGGACGGCGACUUCGCUAUCUUCGACAGCCACGCUAUCAACACCUACUUGACGGAUAAGUACGCCGCGAACGACGCGCUGUACCCGAAGGACCUUCAGCGUAGGGCGGUGGUGAACCAGAGGCUCUACUUCGAUUGCGGCAUCCUGUUCCCUAGGGUGUCUGCCAUCGUGGGGUCCUUGUUGAGAGAAGGUGCUAAGUCAGUCAGCAAGGACAAGGCCGAUCUGCUCACACAAGGAUAUGCUUCCCUGGAAACCCUCCUGGAAAGGAGCACAUACGUGGCAGGAGAUCAGCUCUCCCUAGCGGACUUCAACGUAAUCGCUACAGUGUCCAGCGCCAACGUGCUGGUGCCCAUCGCCUCCAAUAGAUUCCCUAAGAUCGCCGAAUGGAUGUCCAGGAUGCAGAGCCUGCCUUACUAUGCCGAGGCCAAUCAAGUGGGCUUGGAUAAAUUCGUGGGAAUGGUCAAGAGCAAGCUCAGUUGAUUGUAUAAGUGCCAUGUAAAAAUAACUUUUAUAUGUAUUUUUUUUCCAAUUGUUACAAAAUAACUUGUAAAUUUUUGUGCAAUAAACUUCUUU